GAUGAUGAUGAUGAGUUUUGUGGGAUAUAGCCUAACCCACUUGUAACGCGGCUUCUGGUGAACCUGGAAGCAGGGUGGGCUGCAGUGAACUGGAGGAAAUGUCCCUUUAAGAGGAAGGAAACGAAAACAGAGGAAGUGAAACCAGCCGGACUGCUUCCUCGUUCCCCCGAGCAUCAAAACAGUCGGUGCGCUAUGGGAGAGUCCGCGUCCUCGGAAAUUCCUUCUCUAACGUAAGACGAGAGAGACGCCAGGUUGUCAGGAAACCCCUCCGCGAACAUCGCCUCCUCCUCCGCCAUGCUGCAGCUGAACGACACGAUGGAGCCGGAGAGCCCGGGCGCUGCGGUCCUCCUCCACGCAGACACCGACGAGGGGGUCGAGGUCGCCUUCACGCCGCCGGAGGCCGCCGGACGGGGCUUCGGGCACGCAGCCUCCGUGGCCUGCUGCCCGCCCUUACAGACGCUCACGCCUUUCCACGUGCACAACCCCACGAUGCAGGCGAAAGUCAAGGACUACUUCGUGUUCAGGCCAGGUACCAUCGAGCAGGCCGUGAACGACAUCAGGACCGUGGCGCUCCCAUCCGAGGACGGGGAGGUGCUCAGCGUCUGGCUGCUGGUAGAAGUGGACCACUGGAACAAUGAGAGGGAGAGACUUGUUCUGAUAACUGAUAGGUCUCUGCUGGUGUGCAAGUACGAUUUCAUCAAUCUGCUGUGUCAGCAAGUGGUCAGGAUAUCGCUCAACGCCGUAGACACCAUCUCUGUGGGUGAAUUUGAAUUCCCACCAAAAUCUCUAAACAAACGAGAGGGCUACGGGAUUCGCGUUCAGUGGGACAAACGUCCUCGGGCGUCGUUCCUUAACCGCUGGAACCCUUGGUCCACAGACAUGCCCUACGCCACCUUCACGGAGCACCCCAUGGCCAGCGCCGACGAGAAGGUGGCCUCCCUCUGCCAGCUGGACAACUUCAAAACCCAGUUGGUGCAGGCCGUGAAGAAGGCCCACAAGGAGCACCCCAUCCCCGGCCGGGCCAACGGCGUCCUGAUCUUGGAGAGACCCCUGCUCAUCGAGACCUACCUGGGCAUUAUGUCUUUCAUCAACAACGAGGCCAAGCUGGGCUACUCCAUGACGCGCGGCAAAAUCGGCUUCUAAGUGGUUUUGCUGUCUCGAGGAAUCGUCUCCGUGCGUGUCUGUUUUUACCGCGCUGUGUGAGGGAAGCUGCAGUCUCAACGUGCGGCUUGUCUCUGUGUGUGUGUGUGUGCGUGUGUGUCUUAAGUCGAGCCGCACUUCCAUCAUGUGGUGUUGCAGCAUAAUGUCGGCCUGCAGCAGGUAAGACAGGCAGCCCUGUAAUGACCGCCGUUUCAUUUUAUUGUCGCCUGCUUUGUAUCUAAAAUCGCCACAGACUCCAGCCUCUGCAGCAUACGCUUUAAACAUCAUAACUUCAGAAACCAUGACACCCCCUGCAGGUUUAUUAAGUCCCUAAAGCCAACCGGACAUUUGGAGCUUCAUUGAUCUUGGCGGAAUUAGGCAUUUGCUUUGUUCGAGGGAUUAUCUGCGGCGGCAAACCGUGUUUACUAAACAAACUGGGACUUGGUACGUUGCAUGGUUUGAACUGAAUGGCUAACUGUUAGGUCACAUGGUGUAUACCAUAAGGAGACCAAUAUAAAACCUUUUGAACAUCAACAACUAAUGCACAGUGCAAGUUUUGGCCUUCUGGUUGUUUCCAGUUUCUUAUAUUUAUUGUUUGUGAGUAUGGGGUUAGGAUUCGUUAAUAGACUUCUAUGCAGGAGUUUUGAUCUUGGUUCUUGAUAUUUUGCUUCCAGUAAGCCAUAUUUUCUCCUGGAGGGCGCUUGAGCAAUAGAUCUGAUGGAUGUUAUGGAUGUCUUUAGAGUUUUUGGCCAUAAUCUGGUAUUUUUACAUAUAUUUUCUGGUCAGUCGCAUUUUUCCGAUGUUAUGAAUAGUUCUAGAAUAAAAACAAAAACAAAACGGGUACAUCUUCACAGCACAAACUAUUUAUUGACUCAUGCUUGAGAUUCAGCUCUGAAAGAUGCCAAAGAAAAGGUUUUGUUUAUAGACGCAAACAUUUCAACGGGGCAAUUUUAAAGUCAUUCUGAAGGGACGAUUUGCCGUGAUUUAGCUCGAUGUAUCGUGUGUUUGGGGAAAGGGAAAAACUGGACGACAAAGUAAGUGCCAGGUUCAGAGAAGACGUUCAAUGUGUGCAUGUGGUUAACUAGGAGCAAGGAAAGAAAUCUACCCAACACCCGAGAUACAUCCACUAACAUCCUCUGUUUAGCUGACUAAUGCUUUAAAAAAAGAAAGUGCUUUUUGCGCCUGAAAUUGGGAUUUGAUGCCUGAGUCAUUGACUCUUUUUUCCCCCAAAGAAUCCAGAAAUGAAAUGAACAGACGAUCCAGAACUAGUUCUAAUGUGUCCAUCAGAGUAGAUAAAAUAAUUGACAACACAGAAUCAUCCAGAGGACAAUUAUGGGAUUGACUCAGAUGACAAACAGAAGUAACCACCACAGCACUAAUCUGUUUUAAAAUGUCGGGACUUAAUGUCUGGCAAACUGCAGUGCCCUUAAAAAAUAAAAUAAAAAUGUGAUUUAUUGGAAGCAUCUGAAUAUUUUUGCUGGAAAAGGCUGUCACCAAGUAAUAAUGGGGUGAAACGCUCAUGUUGAGUGACAUUCCACACGACAAGACGUGGUCAUGUGGAAUCUGUUGUUUCGGAAAUAUUUUAUCUGCAUCACACAAAACAGCUGAGAUUGAUCAAGUUAAAACUAAUUAAAGAACUGCUGAACAGAUUAAUAAACCUUGGAAGGAAAGCAGUAAACUAUUUUUAAUAAGGACAUGGCUGUAGAAUGUCUUGAGUGCAAUGAAAUAUCCACGUCUCCCUUUCAACAUUAGAUCAUUUCCCUGACUCCAAUUUACCAUAUUUGGUUCUUUUUUUCUGUUUUGUUUUACGAUUGUAAUUUGACAAUAAAGCUCUAUGCCUAAAGACCUUUGCCACCUUCAAAGUGUUACACAAAACGUGCCAUUACCUCCUGAGACACAGCUAUUAGUGGAUAUUUGUCAGCUUUCCGUUAAGGAACCCAGAAAACAAGAUAACCACUAAACUCUAGGCUUGAUGUGAAUAAAUAAACCAAACGGUGUCAUCAUGGUGACAUCACACUCUUUAUUUAUGUCUAAUCUAAAAAGUUUUAAACUAUUUAAUAUAUUUAUAUUUCCAAAAAAAAAAAACAUAACUGAGGAUAGUUUAAAAUUACCAGUAUAUAAGAAAUAUUAAAAAGAUUCUAAUUAUAAAAAUUAUUACACAUGCUUUUCCACACCGCUUUGUUAAGCAGACCUAAAAAUUGCUAAAAGCCAAUUCAGAAUGAUUUAGAUAAAUACAUGAAUAAGAAUGAGAACUGUGUACGAGUGUAUGAGUACAAGUAUAAUCAUUUCCUCAGAAAUGAUGCAGAAUACUUUAGACAUGGGGAAAGAAUGGGGUUGUAUCCUAAUGGAAACCAGUUAGUAGUUGCGGGGCAGCAGGAAAACCUCAUGUGGUCAGACGUGUCUAAGUUAGCUCGUUCCAAAGUCAUUGGCGCUGAAGAACAUUCAGGGAAAAACUCGCCCAUCACGGCUAGCGCCUAGUGUAUACACCUUAGAGGAGAAAAGGAUCUUAAAUUGGUUCAGUUUUCCAGGUCCAGCUUUAUCAAAUGUAUGUUACAAAAACAUGAGAUCAGUUGCUACAUCCUGAAUGGCUACAGGCUUCUCGCCCUAACCCACUGGUGUACGGUGCAAGUAGAAUCCAAAAUGUUAAUACCUGGAUUCAUCAAGCCUUAAAUUGGGAGAAAAAUAGUUCAGGGAACAUUUUUAUAUCAACGUUGUCAAACACAGGAUCCAGACAUUAUCCUCAAAGAGAAUUCUUUAAAUGUGCCUGAGGAGAGUGAGUGAGGGGCCAAGUCCUCCGUUUUUGUUUUGUCCACUUUUUUUUUUUUUAAACCAGGCCUUUCAACACCUUUCAAACCACACGUUAAAAACCACAUUGUCAUUUUAAGCAAAGAUGAGCAGCUCUUCUGUCCUUGUGCAUGGUCCUUGCACGCCAAGUCUGCAUGACUGACCUUUUUGUGGAAAAAAAUACCUUGUUUGUAGUUGUAAAUAUUGAUCUGCAUUUGUAAAAUUAAUGUACAAACUCCUAAAAAUGUGUCUUAUGAAUAAUGGCAGUUAAAAUGUACUGUAUUUAAAAAAAAAAAAGGGUUGUCUUGUUAAAACUGUUUUGAGGCUUUGUUUCUGAUCUAUGUGUUUACAGCUCAGCAGCAACAGUGGAAGAAAAUAACAAUAAAGGCCUUCCUGUUUUUUGUAAA